AUGCCUGGUUUUUCUAUCGAGUGUACCUCUUGCAACACCACUACACCUAUGGCAACGUCGGCUACAAUCUCCAAUCGAGGAAGAUCAUUUGAUGUAAAUAGACAGGCUGUAUAUCACUCAUUGGAAACUGGUGGUGGAUACGAGUCGUUAUCGACAUUUUGUGGAAUAAUGAGCAUGCCAUGUAUUUCCAAGAAAGCCUAUCAAGUGCAAGUAGAUGUAAUUCUGGAAGCACAACAGUCAGAAGCUCAGGCUGAAUUAACGAAAGCAGGGAAAAAACUGUGUGAUGUUCUGGUACAAGAAAGUGACAAUGAACUAGCAACCGAUGACAUUCUAGAUGUUACUGUUAGUUUUGACGGAACAUGGGCCAAACGAGGGUUUACCUCUCUAUUUGGUGUGUUAAAUAUCUCCCCUGGUAAUCACAAAUUGAAGUAA